UUUCCAGGACACGCCAUGGAGAAACCCUCAAAGGAUCGUCUCACUUUAUCUCCAGGUUGUAUAAUGGAAGAUGAGGACAUCACAGGAGAUUGUGGAGGAGAAAAGACAAUGAGCUCCACUAUGGAUGGAGGACUUCACAGUGUGGAUAGACCAUGGAACCCCUCCCACUCUGAGCAACCUCGUACUGUGAGGGGCGGUGCCGGGAUUCAGGGGAAGGCGAAAUUUUCCUGUCCUGAAUGUGCGGAAAAUUUUAGCUCCGAAUUAAGGCUUUCUGCACAUCGGAGAUCCCACAUGGAGGAAAAGCCUUAUUCCUGUUCUGAGUGCGGAAAAUGUUUUCUUGAAAAGUCAGAACUUGUCAUACAUUACAAAUCUCACGCAGGGGAGAAGCUCUACCCCUGCCCUGAGUGCAGGAAAUGUUUUUCAGAUAAGGCCAAUCUUAUCAAACAUCAGAGAUUGCACAUUGUUGAGAAGCGAUAUUCCUGCACUGAGUGUGAGAAAUGUUUUUCGCAGAAGUCCGAUCUUAAUAUACAUCAGAUAUCCCACUUGAGGAAAAAGCUGUUUUCCUGCUCUGAGUGUGGGAAAUGUUACACACGGAAAACAGAUCUUUUUAGACAUCAAAGAAUCCACACAGGUGAGAAGCCGUAUUCCUGCCCCGAGUGCGGUAAAUGUUUUUCCCAGAAGGCCAACCUUAUCAUCCAUCAAAGGUCUCACACGGGUGAGAAGCCGUAUUCAUGUUCAGAGUGUGGGAAAAGUUUUUCACAUAAGUCCGCUCUUACUGUACAUCAGGCAUGCCACACGGGGGAAAAGCAGUUUUGCUGUCCCGAGUGCGGGAAAUGCUUUUCACAUAACACCAGUCUUUCUAGACAUAAGAGACUGCACACAGUUGAGAAGCUGUAUGCCUGCCCCAAGUGCGAGAAAUGUUUUUCACAGAAGUCUGGCCUUACCAGACAUCUGAGAACCCACACAACCCUCGAGGUGAAUUAGUGUCCUGAGUGCGGGAAAUGUCUUCUAUAUGGAUCAUAUUUUGCCGUAUAUCAGAGAUCUCACACUGGGAAGAAGCACACCUUGAUAUACACCUCAGACAACACAUGGCUGAGCGCUCCUCUGAUCUUUAUCAUGGAAGAAACACUUUAUAAGGAAAUCAGAGAUCACUAAAGACUUCAGAGAUCUGUCUGUCUUCCUCUGCUAGGAGAGAGAAGGAGGGGGUGUCACUGCUGGUUGGGUCCCUCUAGGAGAGAGAAGGAGGAGGUGUCACUGCC